AAAAAUGGAUUUUUGAUCGAGAGAGAAAUAUGGGUUUGCUAAACCCUAAUCAAAGAGGAUCAAGAGGCACCCAAGAAGAUUAUCAUGGAUCCAGCAACAAUAACAGCACCUCAAGUCCAUCAUCACCCAGAAGCAUCCAUAAUUCCAAGAAAAAAUGGUCCAAUUUGCUGCCUCUAUUCCUAGUCCUAGUUUUCAUAUCGGAGAUCGCAUUCUUGGGUCGACUCGAUAUAAUCAAGAAGGCUGACUUUGUAAACUCUUGGACUGAAUCAUUCUACCAGUUUACGACGUCGCCUCUCGUUUCCUCCACCAACUUUCUUGAAACUUCCGACGAGGUCCCGGUGGUGGGGAUCUCGGAUGCAUCAUUGGAGGUGGUCGGUUCAGGUGGUGACGGAGAGACAUGCGAGGAAUGGUUGGAGAGAGAAGAUCAUGUGGUGUAUUCUAGGGAUUUUCAGAAAGACCCUGUACUUGUCUUUGGCGGUGAGCAGAGGCCCUGUGAUGUGGGAUGUAAGUUUCUUCCUCUCCAUAAAAGGACACAGGCUGAGGCUGCAAUUGGUUUAAGGCACAUAGGUGAAACAUCUGGUGUUCUUCGGUCAAUGGAAUCAGCUAUAUACUACCCUGAUAAUGAUAUUGCCACGGCUCGCCGAAAGGGAUAUGAUGUCGUUAUGACAACCAGUCUCUCCUCAGAUGUCCCUGUUGGAUAUUUUUCUUGGGCAGAGUAUGAUAUAAUGGCCCCACUUCAGCCAAAGACUGAAAAAGCUUUGGCAGCUGCAUACAUCUCAAACUGUGGUGCUAUCAACUCUCGGUUACAAGCUCUGGAAAAACUUGAAAAGUUUAAUGUCAAGAUUGAUUCCUAUGGCGCUUGUCACCACAAUCGUGAUGAGAACGUGGACAAGCUGGAAGCUCUGAAGCAUUACAAAUUUAGCUUGGCUUUUGAGAAUUCCAAUGCGGAAGAUUAUGUCACUGAAAAAUACUUCCAGUCUCUUGUUGCAGGAUCUGUUCCUGUGGUUUAUGGUGCUCCAAAUAUCCAAGAUUUUGCUCCGUCACCUGGUUCUAUUUUACAUAUUAAGGAGUUAAACGGCGUAGGAUCAGUUGCCAAGACAAUGAAACGCCUUGAAGAGAAUAAUACCGCUUACAAUGAAUUCCUAAGGUGGAAACAUGAUGGUCCUUCUGAUUCUUUCAAGGCUCUUGUAGAUAUGGCUGCAGUUCAUUCAGAUUGUCGUUUAUGCAUAUUUCUAGCAACCAAGAUCCAUGAGAAAGAAGAAAAAAGCCUUGGAUUUCCAAAGCGGCCUUGCAAGUGUACUAGGGGCUCAGAGAGUGUGCAUCAUCUUUAUAUAAGAGAAAGAGGGAGGUUUCAGAUGGAGUCUAUAUUCUUAAGGUCGGGAAAUUUGACGAUGGCGGCCAUGGAAUCUGCAGUGUUGUCCAAGUUUAAGUCUAUAAAACAUGAAACUGUGUGGAGGAAAGAAAGGCCAGAGAAGAUCAGAGGUGAGAAAAGGGAACUCAAAGUUUACAGAAUAUAUCCUGUUGGCAUGACACAGAGACAAGCUUUAUACACCUUUCAUUUCAAAGGUAUCUCAUUCAGAAGUCACAUAGAAAGCAAUCCAUGUGCCAAGUUUGAGGUCAUUUUUGUAUAAAUAAUCACAACUAAAUUUUGAUCCAUUUUUAGUUUAUGUGA